GGCGUUGGUUCUCUUUGGCGCGGCGCCUCCCUCAUUGAAAGCCCAGUGCUCACUAUACUCGAGUAGUGUUCCGAUGGAAUCGCUUUUAGGGUUUAUGGAAGAACCAGGGGAUUAUGACCAGGUAGAGACGACGUCGUCUUCGUCUUCGUCUUCGUACAGCCACAAAUUGGUGCCGUGGUUGAGCUGGGACGAGUGGCUCUCGGUCUCUGAAGCUCUCUUUUCCAAUUCACCUGAUUCCGUCGCCUCCGCUUUGAGAAGAAUAUCGGCAUGGAGAAGCAGAGGAUGUGUUCCUGCUGUGAUCGAAGUUACUGCUUCAAUAAUUGAAAUUCAGCAAAAAGAUCCUCACUUUAGAAAGGACCAGUCAAAUGAUGCUGUGGAUAAUUGCCGAGCAGACCAGUCCAGUGAUUCUUCACUUUCUGAGGAAAUGCUGGCCAUGCUAUAUUGCAUGGCAAUCAUGAGGCUUGUGAAUUGUGUUGUUGAGAAGACACGCAAGAAAAAUGAGGUUUCAAUUGCUGAGGCUGCUGAUGCAAUUGGCAUUCCACGAUCACUGAUUGAUAUUCGUCAUGAGGGAUCUCAUCGUGAACUUCCCGCUCUUCAGGUUGUUCGUAGCGCUUCAAUUAAGGCCCUUGAUUGGUUGAAGUAUUAUUAUUGGGAACCUCAGAAGAAUGCAAUUCCAUUUCAAGGCACUGGAAGUGCUAACAUCAGAAAUGAAAUAAAGUCAAAGUUCCGUGAAUUGGCUUCCUGCUUGAGAGCUAAAAUGACUCCCCACUUGCGUUCUUCUCAAGUCAAAGAAAAACGUGGUGGCAGACAUACUAAAUGGCUUUGUGAGCGUAAUACAUUUUUCUCAAUAAUGACUGGCGAGAUCUGUUCAUCAAAAUCUAGAUGUUAUAAAAAAGAUGUUACCAAGAUAUUGAAAAGUCUUGUUGGGUUGUAUUCGUCUUUCUCCUCAGAAGUUGUAUCUGUACUGUUGGAGUUGUUGUUGAACACUAAAAGCUCUUCAGAUUCAUCGGACCUUCCAGUAAACACCCAAAAGGGCCUAAGCCUACCUACGUCGUUGAAUGAGUGGAAGCUUGUGAUAACAAAAUUUUCAAAUAAGAAACCAGAGUUACGUCUAGCUCUUCUGCAUGCAGUUCUUGAUAUGAUUGAGACUCAGGAAGGAAUGAUGGGAAGAGGGUUGAACACAUCAUCAGACUGUGGGGCAAAGAUAAGCCAAGUUGAACAUCUCUGUUCUCUGUUUACAUGGCUCGUUAGAAGUUUCAAAGGAUUAAAGCCUCCUGAAAAAGAUUCUGCCGAUGAGGUUAAAGUUUCUUCAGCGGAAAAAACUAUCUCGAAAGCAGUUCUGAUGGAUGUCCUACGUAAAUGUCUUCUUGUAUCAGCUUCUGCUAAUAGCCAGCUCAUGAAUUCUGCCCUCCAUCUUGCAAAGCUUACAGGAGACGACUAUCUAGUGCAAAAACUCAACAAACUCUCCUUCUUAGUUUCAUCAAAUUUGGAUGCUACCGAAGAAAACACUUGUCUUGCAAGUUCAAAUAGUAUAUUUGUUCAGCAAGAAAAAUCUUUAAGUCAAGCAGCAAAGAAGCUUGAGUUGAUUAAACGUCACCAAAUGAAGCGCAAAGCAGUGAAGGGAACAAGAGAUGCUGAUGUUGGAGGUUCUAAAAGAUGGGUUAUGGCAAAAUCAUGGACCCAGUGUCCUAUUGGAAUGUUGCCUUGUGCUGUUGGGUAUUCCAGCUGUCUGCCUGUUUUGGACUAUAAUUGUGCAUCUGAAAAGGAUCCUGAAGAACUUGGAAGAAACGAGAAGUGGGAACCGAACUCAUAUAGUGGCAAGAGACAAGGUAGUUCUGAUAUGCAGCUACUUGAUAACCCAUGUGUUAAGAAGAUGAGGGAGACUGCGGUAGAUGAUUGUGUAUCAGAUAAGGAAGAUGUUGCGUCCUCAGAAUAUGUCAAUGGCCAUCUCAUGAUCGGUGGUGUCUGGAAGAAAGUUGGGGAAGAAGAAAUACUUGCCAUCAAGUCUGCUGUGAGGAUAUUAGUUUAAUUCAGUACCAGUUUAUUCAUGAUAGAAUAGAUCUAAUUGCGGAAGCUUUUGUAAGUGAUCUAUUCCUGCUUGCCAUUUGAGGUGGGAAUCUGAGUUACAUUAGUCAGUUUUGGUUAAAUUUCAAAAUGAGAAAAUUGAGGGACUGGAUGAUACAAAAUUUGACAGAUAACAGACUUAAUGUGCUAAAAUGUAGUAAUUACUAAUCUGAUGUGUUUGUACUUGUGUCAA